AUGGCGUUUUUGGCUAGCUCUUUGCUAAUAAUAAUUAUUAUGAGCAAAGUUUCAGGUCAGAUUACAGAAAACUCCAUAGAAGAUAUAUUCUACAUUGUGAAAAAUUGCCUGGGAGAUAUGGUGUGCACCUUAGAAGAAGGAGCGUACAAGUUGGAAUCUAUCAGAGAUAAAGUUUCAUGUUCGAUUAGGUGUUUGAACAUUUGUAGCUGCAAUGCAUUUCAAUUUGAUCCAAGCACCAAUGCUUGCUCGUUGUUUGUCGACGCCAACAUGCUCUUUGUUAACUUUUCCAUGCCAUGUUCGUCCUAUCUUUAUAAGAAAAAUGCGACAAUGAUUGAAGAUGUGAACGCCCUGUAUAUUGGAUGCUACAAGGACAACACGACUCAACGUGAUAUAAAAGGAUAUCCCACCACGUCAGGAUCGAUGACCAUUCAGAAAUGUCUGACACGCUGCAGAAAUCAUAAUUUUACUUUUGCAGGGCUUCAGUUGGGAACGAGAUGUGCUUGUGGCGAUUCGUACGGAAGUUUGGGCUUGGCUUCACCAUGCCUCAUAACAUGUAGCGGAAUGGUGACUGAAAUAUGCGGCGGUCAGAACAAAAACAGCAUUUACGGAGUAUGUCCGAAAGGCAGAUUUGGUACGGCCUGCGAACAGACAUGUAACUGCACUGUGGAUGGUCACCAGAGUUACUGGUGCAAUAGAAACAACGGCACUUGUGUCAUCGUACCUUGA